AUGAAGCAACUGAUCUUCCUAGCUGCGGUACUCGCCUUGGGAUGUGGUGCCCCGCAAGGGUACACAUUAGAUAAACCCUCCAGACCCGGACUGACCACAGGACCAGGAUUCUCUGCUGGAGUGGCAAUUACAGGUGGAUCAGGACUCUCCCCUGGAUCCGGAUUUACAACUGGACCAGGAGUUAUCCCUGGUGGAGUCUCAGCUGGAGUAAGCUUUGCAACUGGAUCCGGAGAACUUGCACAUGGAUCUGGCAUUACUUCAGGAACAGGAGCUUCUACUGGAACCGGAGUCCUACCUGGCUCGGGAAGUACCGGUGGUUUGAUCGGAGAUGGGUUCUCCUCCAUUACUGACGCCAUUGCCGCUGGAUGCAAGGUGGGAGAAAUUCUGCAUGUGGAUGGAACUUGCGUAGUUCCUGAAGUGUCCAGGAAAGUUUUUGUUGUGGAUGUUCCCCAACAACAACUGCUAUCAGGUCCUCCACCAAGUGUUCCUCCUCCUAAAGUGGAUCAUAAUAUCCUGUUUGUGCGUCUUCCCGAAGAAGGUCUUGCACCUGAACCUAUCGUUGUUCCUCCACCAAGGCAAAACAACAUUGUCUACGUCCUCAACAAGCAGAAUGAACGGGCUCAAAGGGUCAUUGAGGUCGAAGCUCCUCCACCGUCAGAGCCCGAAAUCUACUUCGUCAACUACGAUGAUGGAGAAAAUCCUACUCUCCCUGGAGGUAUCGAUCUUCUUACUGCUCUUGGAUCCGCUGCCGAGACUGGUGGGGAAGUAAUUGGUGCCGAAGGAGGCGCCGGUACCAUUGGAGGCAUUGGUGGAGUCUCAGGUUUACAUGGAGGAGGCGCCGGAGAGGGCGUCAUAGGCGGAAGCGGCGCUGGUCUUGCAGGUGGCGUUGGCGGUGGUGCAGGACACGGUAGUAUUAGUGGAGUUUCUGGCCAUGGAGGCAACCAGGGAAUUUCUGGUGGGGUAUUUGGUGGAAACAUCGUAUCAAAUAGUGGAUUUGGAAUCAGCGUAGGAAGUACCGGUGGACAAGUCCGACCGGGAUCCCAGGGUAAUUUUGGUACCCCAUCAGGUUUAUAUUCAACACCAUAG